GUUAGUUUGAAGCACUUGACUGAACUGUGAAUUCUUUGUUCGGCUCCUUGGGUGAAGUACUCUCUCGUUGCUCCUCUUCUGUCUUGGUGUGUGCUGUGUACUUGCAGCCUCGAGAUGCACUUGAGGCUGACCCUGGCUCCUGCUUGACAGAGGGUGCUGGGUGGACUGGGAUCUGGGGUGGAGACGAGCCCUGAGUCAACACAUGGGCUUUCUUUUUCUCCUUAAAAGGUUGAUAAAGAUUUUAUUCCUGGACUCAUGUACAUCCAAGACAACGAAGCCACCUCGGAGGAGUUUGAGGCCAUGAGCCUGCCCUUCACGGUGCCGAGCGCCAGCGGCCAGGAUAUCCAGCUGAGCUCCAAGCACACACACAUCACCCUGGACAAUCGCGCGGAGUACGUGCGGCUGGCGAUAAACUACAGACCCCAUGAAUUUGAUGAGCAGGUGGCUGCUGUUCGGGAAGGGAUGGCCCGCGUUGUGCCUGUCCCCCUCCUCUCACUGUUCACCGGCUACGAGCUGGAGACAAUGGUAUGCUGACCCCCAGGUGGGGCUGCCUUUCAGCUGCCUUUUGCCUGCUGACCCACAAA